CCGCGCCCCGCGCCCCGCGCCCCGCGCCCCGCCAUGUACGACCCGGAGCGCGGCUGGAGCCUGUCCUUCUCGGGCUGCGGCUUCCUCGGCCUGUACCACAUCGGCGCCACCCGCUGCCUGAGCGAGCGCGCGCCGCACCUCCUGCGCGAUGCGCGCAUGCUCUUCGGCGCCUCGAGCGGCGCGCUGCACUGCGUCGUCUGCACGGCCGGGAUCCCGCUGGACCUUACUCUGCAGAUCCUCAUGGAGUUAGUCAGGAUGGCCAAAAGAAGGAACAUUGGCAUCUUUCAUCCAUCCUUCAACAUAAGCAAAUAUAUCCGAGACAAUCUCUGCAAAUACCUCCCAGCUGACAUCCACAAACGCAUCUCCGGCAAAGUCUGCAUCUCACUCACCAGAGUGUCGGAUGGGGAAAAUGUGUUGGUGUCUGAUUUUCAUUCCAAAGAUGAAGUUGUGGACGCCCUGCUGUGCUCCUGCUUCAUCCCUGUCUACUGCGGCUUAAUCCCCCCCACCUUCCGAGGCGUGCGAUAUGUAGACGGAGGAGCGAGUGACAACAUGCCCUUACUUGAUGCCAAAACGACCAUCACUGUCUCCCCCUUCUACGGGGAGUAUGACAUCUGCCCUAAAACCAGGUCCACGAACUUUCUUCACGUGAACAUCAGCAACUUCAGACUGCGCAUCUGCUCAGAGAACAUCCACCUUCUUAUGAGAGCGCUUUACCCCCCGGAGCCCAAGGUGCUUGGAGAGCUAUGCCUUCGAGGAUAUCUGGACGCGCUGCGGUUCUUGGAAGAGACAGGCAUCUGUAACAGGCCGCAGCCGUUCCCGGAGUUGCCCCCAGAAGACAAGGAGUCGGAGGUCGCUGGGCCCUGCUGGGAGAACAUGAGCCUGGAGUCUUCCCUGGGGCCGGCUGCCACGGAGACGGGGCUCGAGGGGGCUGAGCUGCUGGACCGCCUGGGCCUCAGCAUGCUGCCCUGGGACAAGAGCAUCCUGACCUGGGACAAGGGCAUCCUGCCUUGGGAUAAGAGCAUUCUGGGGACCCUCUCGCCCACGCUCACUAGAGCGCUGAGCAGAGCAGUCAUGGACAGAGGGGGCUACAUGAGCAGGAUCUGCAACUUCUUUCCGGUCAAGAUCAUGUCCUACGUGAUGCUGCCCUGCACGCUGCCCGUGGAGUCUGCUGUCAUUUUCACCCAGCGACUGGUGGCGUGGCUUCCUGACGUUCCCGAGGACGUGCGGUGGAUGCAGCAGGCGACCUCGAAGAUCAGUUCGAGAGUGAUGGCGCGUCUGCUCCCCUCGGCCAGACCCCAAAUGCCAGCAAGCGGCCCAAAGGCCUCUCCGUGCAAACCAGACACGCCGGCACGUGGAGAUCCCCCGCUUCUGUGUGGACCUGGGUGCUGUCCCACGGGCUGUCCAAGAGGGGCUGAAGCUGAGGCCACCCCGCAGUCCAUCCUGAAAUCCGGCCCGACCUUCUCCUCGGGCAGCAGCGUGCCUGCGGGGUGCAGGGCGCUCCGCCUCCCGCUUUCCACUGGAGGGGAGUGGCCGGGGCAUUUGAGGAGGCAAGUCUGGGCAGCUCCUUCGGAGGUCCUCACCCUUCCCGAGCCUCGAGCAGCUACUGCUGUGCAAUGACCCCACAAAGGCAGUGGGCUUGGUUUUAUGGAAAGCUAGGAAGUGACCUGUGAAAUAUGCGGAAGUCCGGCGCUUAAGGAAAUCCAGUGUUUGAGUGUCACUUAGCUCAGCUGCUUGGGAAAUGGCAGUGGAAGCCCAGCACAGCGGUCCGUCACCUGCUCUGUCUCACAGCCCUGCCAGUGGUUGGACUGUCCCCCUGCGAGGUUCCUAGAAUGGCGGGGCCCCGUGGUCAGGGGCUGGGCUGGCCUUUGUGCAGUCUGGGGGUGGGAGGAAGACAGAAGCGUGACCUCCCCGCCCCUCUAGGAAGCUGUCAGUGCAGGGGGACGGGGUGCAGUCGUUUCCCAUGAAGGGCACCACCUGUCAGAUGACAUUAAAAGGUGAUAACUUACAUCAUCUUAGAACACCUUUUUCAUCUAACUAAAAUAAUUUCUAAAACGUAAGGGGAUUGUAUUAUCUGUUGAAUUGUGUAUUGUGUGAAUCAGUGAGAUGUUAAUAGAACAAGCUUUAAAAAAAUAAAAAACCAGCCUGCAAGGCGGUCACCGGCCGGCAGUGGCCACCACCUUGCCGCUGGCGUCCCCACCACGGCCUGGCCGAACUCGGCUCCUUUUUAACUGCACGCUUCUGGCCUGCCCUCCUUUUUUUCUCUUUGCAUUCUCUCACCGCCUCAGCCUGUCUCUGUCCUUCCUACUCUGUCAGGCUUGCUGGGGCAAGCCUUUGAGACGAGAAGCCACCUUUUGCCCAGGUGUACGAGUGCGUUAGCAAGCUCCCUGUAAUAUGACCGCAGAUGAAAUGUGUGUGUUUCUUCCUAGCUAUGCAUUUGAGUGUAAGAUAUAUAUAUAUAGAUAUAGACGUAGAUAUAGAUAUAGAUAUAACAAAAGCAAAAAAACGAAAGAAACAGUAAUGUGCUCGAACUCCUAAAGGUGGCAAAGAAGGUUACGACUCUCACCUGUAUUGUGCAAGUGGCCUGGAGUGGAAGAGCUGGCAAGUUCGGACGAAGCGCUUUAUUGAGGAGUGGGGAGGUGUGGUUCUGGGGCAAACUCCGUGUGAGCCUGUUCUCUUGACGAGAUUGUGAAAUAAGGAGUGGUCACCUAGUGCACGGAAGCCCCCUGCAGGGCAGGAGUUUGAACCUGGGUCCUUCCUUCCCCAGGGGCUGAGUGCUUGCCCCCGAGGGAGCUGAGUGCUGGUGAGUGGUGGGCUCUUCCACCUGCCACCCCGCUGGGUGUCAGAGCCAGGCUCUGCCCCCCCCCAGAGCUGGAAUGGGGUGGGGGAGGCCACACCUGACACCCACCUGGACUCUUAGCAACACACCCUCAUACCUUGCCAAGUUUCCCAGUAGGCUUCCUUCUGUCUCUCCUCUGUUGGAACCACAUCUUCGGUCAUUAGUUGAAUUUGGUAUAACUAAACUUUACCAGUGCUUUCUAACCAGUGUAUUUCCAUAUAGACAGAUACAUAUAUGGGUUUUGUGACCAUUAUUGGGGAACAAAUAUGUUAAAUGGCUGAUGGGAUACCAUGGGGCUUAUUUUCUUUCUGCUUUUAUAAAAUUACUCGACCUUCUUAAAACGAGCACUUGUUUUAUAAUUUUUAUUAAGUGUGUACUAAGAGAAGGAAGUAAGGAAGUGUAAAGCUCUUUUAGAAAUGGCCAAGGCCUCCCUCCCGCCUGUGCCUCAAAUGCCACCCUGCCCUCCUUCCCUGCCAGCCCCUAGGAAGAUCCCAGCAGGCACUGCCUCCAGGCCUUCCCCUCUGAACCGCCUCCAGGGAAGUAUAUGAAAACGGUCUGAGUUCCUCCACCUCGUCCAAUCAAGCCUUCUCUUUAAUGUAUGGUGCUUUUAUGCUUUGGAACAAACCACUCAGGAAUAAUCAACGUGUAGUGUAUGUAAUAUCAGGGAGCAACAGUCUUUAUUUGGUAAAUAGCAAAACUUAGUGCCGAGCAUGCGCCCAAUUUUGUUACAAAAAUAAAAUGUGUGUGGGUGUGUUUAUGUAUCUGUGUGUGUAUACAUAGAAAAAAGACCGAAAGAAUGUAUACCAACAUAUUUAUAGUAAUCAUUAGGCUGUUAUUUGCAACUGUAUUUUUUUUUUUGAGACAAAGUCUCACUUGGUUGCCCCAAGUAGAGUGCCGUGGC